GCCAAACAUGAAUGUCUCCUGGGCUCUAUUAGCGGUGGUCCUGGUACUAACUGUUGCCACCUAUGAGUGUCGGCCACGUGGACGUAUUCUAGGUGGGCAGGAUUCAAAGGCAGAAGUCAGGCCUUAUAUGGCAUCUAUUCAGCAGAAUGGGAUCCACCAAUGUGGGGGGGUCCUUAUUGCUGAUAAAUGGGUGCUGAGCGCAGCACACUGUGCCACUAACAGCUCUAAUUCGUCUCUGAAUGUGAUGCUCGGUGCUAUAUCUCUCUCCAAACCAGAGAAAUACAAAAUAGUUGUAAAGGUGCUCAGGGAGAUCCCUCACCCACUAUACAAUUCUACAAUAAAGCAUCAUGACCUUCUCUUGCUAGAGCUAUCUGAAAAAGUAACACUAAGCCCAGCUGUGAACCCGCUACCCUUCCAAAACGAAAAUAUUGACAUCUCUGCAGGGAAACGAUGCCUAGUCGCAGGCUGGGGACAGAUGAGACUGACUGGAAAGAAGCCAGACACUUUGCAAGAAUUAUGGGUACCCCUGAUUAGCAGGGAUGUCUGUAAUCGCCGGAACUACUAUGACAAUGAAAUCACCGCAAAUAUGAUAUGUGCAGGAGAGAGCAGGAAGGACUCAUGUGAGGGAGACUCCGGGGGACCUCUAGUAUGUGAUGGAAUAGCAGUGGCUAUUGUACAGGGUGGAUUUCGGAAAUGUGGCAAUCCAACGAAACCAGGCAUCUACACUCUCAUUGAGCCUUACAAAUCCUGGAUAAUGGAAAGCAUGUAUAAUGCUACACUACAGAGUAACCCAUCCCCUUUGUGAAACCAUAAGGGGUAAUCCUGUUGCAACAAGGUUAUUCUACAAUAAAUGAAACACUCAGAUAUCUGCUUUUUAACUUUUGAUGCUUCUAGUAGUUUACUCAAUAAAGGUUUGGUUCUUUGGUUCUGAGAACAAAGUGUAAUGAAUGGCACAAUAAAAUCCUUUUGCAAAAAAAAAAAACUAACAGGUUCUAAAAAAGUUAUACUUUUGUACUAAAGAAGUGUAAUGGAAUAUUUAGGACUCUUACAUCUCACAAAGCAGCAAUUCAGUAAUGUGUUAUUGCUGCUCUUUGAACAUUUAGAACACAGUGGUUUGAUUUGUUAAUAUUAAGAUUCUGAAUCUUUUGAUUAAGGACAAAAGCAGAAGGGGCUAUGGGAAUUGCCUUAGUGAUAGGGGUGCUUUUGAGGAUUUUGUUCACCACAUAUUGAGCUAUUGAGCAACAAAACAGUCAACAUUUUCCGUGUAUCAUUGCCCUAACAGUGACAUUUAGUGAAAUUUAUAUAGAGAUGGUCUAGCAAUGAUACAGGAACUCCUGGGCAAUUUUAUAAUACGGGAUAUAAUGUACACCCUACUGUAUAUUAAAAGGAUAUUAAAUGAGAACUAAAACCUCAAUUGUACAACCAUAUCAAUGGCCCCCAGACACCCCAAACCACA